AAGAAGGAGCGGGUAGCAGCAAGUGCGCGAAUUUUGGGCCCAAGCCGAAAUCCCUCCAAGCUCGUAUUUGAAUUUGAAACCAAACUCGAUUCACGUUUGCUUCUUUUUAAAAUAAACCCCAUUGCCAUUGCUCUAUGCGAGGCGCGCUCUCUCCUCCUUUUCUCUGCUGUUCAAAUCAAAAAUAUAUUUCAAUUGCAGAUCUGCUCCACUCUUUUCAAAACCCUAACUGUCCUAUUUAAAUUUUCAAUUCCAGAUAUCCAUUUGAAAAAAGAUUCUAGAUUGAUUAAUACUUUUCUUCAUUUCAUUAUUUUUGUUCCUUUUUCAUUCAUGGAUUAUUGCUAAAAAUCUGUAGUUUGAACUGGGUUUCAAGACUGUUUGAAUGCUUUUUGUUUAAGGGUUUGGUUAGGUGCGAAAAAAGUCUCGGACUUGAACUGGGUUUUCUAAGACAAUGAAGAGUGAAGGUGAUCUAGGGUUGCCAGGAUCGGAUUCUAAGGAGAUUGGAGAGAAGCGAAGUAGUGGUGAAUUGGGAGAGAAACAAGAAAGUGCUCCUAAGCGGAUUAAAAUGCGAGAUCUUCAUUCCGUGUUGAGGUCUGAAGUUCAUUCAGAAAUCAGUACCCAUCAUUCGAAAGAGGAAGAAGCCAAUGAUCAAUUACAGUUUGGUGAAGAGAUGUCUCAAAUUACCAGUGUGCCAAUAACCUUGGAUCCUGAUGCUUCUGAACUGGGAAGAACAUCAAGAACCGUUUUAUCAGUUGAGGUCAAUCCUGCCACUAGACCACUGGAUCUCAAUUCUGAAGCUUAUGUUGCUGAUAGUUCAGCUGGCCACGGAAGUCCAGAGGGUACUGAGGCUUGCAACAAAGUAUCCUUGCUUAAGCAGCAUAAUAGGGAACAUGAUUAUAAACGUGUAACCUCUCGAGGGAUUGGGUUGGAUCUCAACGCAGAAGAUGUUACAAGCUCCAUGAACCAGGAGUUAUUAUCUACUUCAAAAAAUCAUGAUCAGAUGAAGUCAAGAGGGGAUGCUUCGGAGUGUGGGAGUACUACUGGUCCAGCGGAGGGGAAAGAUCCAUUGAAAGUCUGGAAGGAGAUGAAACAAAAUGGUUUUCUCUCAUCUUCUCAGGGGGGCAUUUCGUUUCAAAGUGGUUUAAUCUCAUCUUCACAUGGAGGGAUACCAAUGCCAAAGCAACGUGGGAGAAAAAGCAAGAAUGAUGUUCUUAAGAAAAAGAUGGAGCUUGCUAAGAAAGAACAAGUUGAUAGGUUCACAAAGAUAGCUGCUCCAAGUGGACUCUUAAAUGGAUUGAACCCUGGUAUUAUAAAUCACGUGAGAAACAGAAAACAGGUCCAUUCCAUAAUAGAGGCCUUAGUGAGGUCUGAAAAACAAGAAAAUAAUUGCACUGAAGCCAAACAAGAUAGCCAUCUAAAAACCGAAACUAAAGAAAUAAGUAGUGGUGGUGAUUCAGGAAUACAUCGACUCAGUUUUUCUCAAGGAAAUGGGGGUUCAACUAUUUUAUCGGGCAGCAAACACACAGGAGAGUUCCAUAUAUUAGGUGGAGAAGGUGACUCCAGUGCAGUAAAUAGGAUAUGUGGUAGAAAUUCUGUUUCACACUCCACUGCUGUCACCGAGGAUGAUACAUUAGCACUGAAAUUAUCAACAUCAACCAAGGCGUCCGAGGAAUCUAGCACUUUUUCUAAUGAAGAAUCAACAAAUGUCACUAGCAUUUCUUCUUUGUCUGUAAAAGCUGCUAGUGUUGCUUCCCAAUGGCUAGAGCUUCUUCAUCAAGACAUUAAAGGACGCCUCUCAGCUUUGCGGCGUAGUAAGAAGAGAGUUCGAGCUGUAAUUACCACGGAGUUACCUUUUUUAAUAUCAAAAGAAUUCUCAUCUAAUCAAGAGAAUGAUCCUUAUAUUAUGAGAACUUCCUCUGAUGGAUUGACUAGUGAUGCAAUAUCUGCCAUGCAUCAGGCAAGAUGGAGCACAUUGUUUGAUCAGAUGGAUAAAGCACUUUCUGAAGAAGAGAAACAACUUGAAAAUUCAUUGAACCAGGUAAAGGAAAUGCAAUUGCACUGUGAUCAUGGGCUGCAAGGUUUCCAGUGGAACACAAUUUUUGGUUUCCAACAUCAAGAAACAUCAGAAAAUUACACUAGAAUUGGGAAAGCAGACAGCUCUGAGAGAGAAUUAGCAGUUAGAGCAGCUGCAGCUUCCAUCUAUUCAACCUGCAGCUUUUUGAUGUCAAAGGAGAAUGUAUCUUGCUUCUGAUCUUGUUAACAAUACUUUUUUCCCCCUUCAAUUCAUCUUGUCCUGAUGAAAUGCCCGAGUACAUUUAGCAAACUAAUGAUUAGGUGUUUACUAUUACAAGGCUCUGCAACUUUGCAAAUUGUAACGUUAGAGCAGAACUCUGUUAACUUCUUUCGUUUGAAAUUUAUUUUUCAGCAUUAUCAGAUUAGAGGUAUAAUCUGAUUGUUAGUACUGUUAGUUGCAUAAACAGAACAGGGGUAGGAUCUGACUUUUCAGGUUCCUUGAUGUACUGUUUCUCUUGUUUUGAUAAUGAAUGUAACAUGAUUCAUAAUUUUGUUAUUGACUGAUUAUGGAUCACCGGCCUUUCUUUCC